GUGACGUCAGACGCAAAGGGCCGGGCCUGCUGCUGGAGCAAGAAGGACGACUCGAGUUCCGUUUGGAGGCAUCUUUGAGCUCCUCGAGUAGGCAUCAUGAGCAAAGCUCACCCUCCCGAGUUGAAAAAAUUUAUGGACAAGAAGUUAUCGUUGAAAUUAAAUGGUGGCAGACAUGUCCAAGGAAUAUUGAGGGGAUUUGAUCCCUUUAUGAAUCUUGUGAUAGAUGAAUGUGUGGAGAUGGCAACUAGUGGGCAACAGAACAAUAUUGGAAUGGUGGUAAUACGAGGAAAUAGUAUCAUCAUGUUAGAAGCUUUGGAACGAGUAUGAACAGUGGCUGUCUUCACCAGAGAAAUCAACUGCUUCCACAUGUCCCCUCUCCACAUUUUACUACGAUGAAAAUUGGGUCGUGUACAUUUUCUUACUGAACUUUUUUGUUAAAUAAACUUCUGUAAUAGUCAAAAAUGCUUUCUCAGCUGUUCUGAACAUAGAUUUGCUCUUAUUCUGAUUUUUUUCUAUCAUGACAUGUUCCUGGUUGUGACUGAUUUGUUCACGGGUGUUGUUUUUUGUUUUUUCUGUAUUUUGGGGGGGUUUUUUGGCCAUGCUAGGUCUUUGUAGUUGCACGCGGGCUUUCUCUAGUUGCAUUGAGCAGGGGCUACUCUUCGUUGCAGUGCACGGGCUUCUCAUUAUGUUGGCUUCUCUCGUUGCAGAGCACAGGCUCUAGAUGCUUGGGCUUCAGUAGUUGUGGCACACGGGCCUAGCUCUACGGCAUGUGAGAUCUUCCCGGACCAGGGAUCGAACCCGUGUCCCCUGCAUUAGCAGGCGGAUGCUCAUCCACUGGAAGUCCCUGAGGUUUUUAAUGCAUUAAAAUACAAGAAUCUUAUUAAAUAUGAAACAUUGGCAUGAAUGCCCAUUUUCUGUAUCUUUUACCACUGAACAGAGAGAAAGAAGCUGCAAGCCUGAGUGGGUUUCGUCUGAAACAUUAACUGUAAUUUUCAAAGUUCUUGCCAUAACUUUGACGGACUCUUUUUCACAUACGUUCACAUACCAAGUACGGUUUUGCUCAAACAACACAGGUUUGAACUGUACAGGCCCACUUCUAUACAGAUUUUUUCCAAAAUAAUUUUGGAUUAUUAGUAAAUAAUUUACUAAUACUACAGUGCUACACCAUCCACGGUGGUUUGAAUCCACGGAUUCUGAACUGGAUGGAGGAACCAUAUGUGCAGAGGGCUGACUGUAAGUUACAUGCAGAUUUUUGGCUGCUCGGGGGUCGGCGUCCCUACCCCCCACAUUGUUGAAGGGUCAACCAUAUAGUACAACAGAAGUAAAACACAGGAAGUCAUGAUAUCAUGGUUUUAUUUUGAACAUAACGUGGGAAAUUUUUUUGAAAACGAGUAGAAAUACAAUUCCAGAGAAAAACAUUCCAGUGCAUUGUGGUUCUUCUUUGUGGAGUAGAAGAUAGUGAUAAACACUGCCCAUGAUAUAUUCACCUAGUUCAUAAAUUUUAUGGUUCACAAACAAAUGAGAUAUUUUACAGAUGGUUGUAUCAUAAACCUAACUUUAAGAAACCUAUCAAGCAAAUGCUUAAGCUUUUUUUUGUGAUCUGAUAAAAAGCCUACAAAUCAUGAAUCGCUUUAAAGCUGGAGAGGGGUGUACACACUGAGCGUGUGAGGUACUUGUAAAGUAUAAUAAAAUGGGUGGCUUAUGUGUAUGUAAAGUGGUAUUUCCUAUUUAUAGGAAAUGUUUACAGCAAAAGAAUAGCGAGAGGGAUCAAACUAACGAAGGCCAAUACAUUUUUAUUUUUCCAUUCUCUUUUUAAUUCUUCACCAAUGUCGACAAGCUUGUGAUUUUUGCAGCCACGUAGAGCUGAAUUGUUGAACUGGUUCUCUAAGUGUGGUUCCUAGACCAGUAGCGUCACCUAGGAACAUAACAGAAAUGCAGUCUUUCAUAUGCCACUCCAAACCUACUGAAACAAAUUCUGGGGCUGAGGCCCAGCAAUGGUUUAACAAGCCUUCCAGUUGAUUAUAAUGCACACUCAAGUUGGAGAACCACUGGAGCAGAACUUGGCCUUCAUUCAGCCCUUGCAUAAUUUUUACCAGUCUCUUCUGUAAAAAGAUGAUUUGAGCGGCCUCCUGGAAUAAUGGGCCCUGAUAGGAUUUUUCUUCCAAUUAAAA